CUUCAGGGCGGGAUCUCUCUGACAGGAGGAAGAAGCUCUGGGUGACUGGCAGCCGGGGAUCCAACCUUCAAAAGCCGGCUGGUCUUUAUUCGCUACUUCCUUUACAUUUUUUUUUACAUAAACAGGGAUCUAUGGCUUCCAAAGGGAUGAAUCUGUGCAACGUUUGCUGCCUGCUUCUCUACGUUAUUUCGGCGGUGCUUGCAGGGCGAGAUUUCUAUGCUAUCUUGGGGGUGACAAAGAGUGCAUCAAUCAGGGACAUAAAGAAGGCCUACAGAAAGCUGGCUCUUCAGUUACACCCCGACAGAAACCAGGACGACCCCAACGCUGCAGACAAAUUUGCAGAUUUGGGAUCAGCUUAUGAGGUGCUCUCAAACGAGGAGAAUAGGAAACAGUAUGACGCGUACGGAGAAGACGGACUCAAAGAGGGUCACCACGGCUCACACAACGACAUCUUCUCCAGCUUCUUUGGUGACUUUGGGUUCAUGUUUGGAGGAAACCGACAGCAGCAGGACAGGAACAUCCCCAGAGGAAAUGACAUCAUACUCGACCUGGAGGUCACGCUGGAAGAGGUGUACUCUGGGAACUUUGUGGAGGUUGUACGUGUAAAGCCAGUCGCUAAAGAAGCGCCCGGCAAGAGGAAGUGUAACUGCCGGCAGGAGAUGAGGACGACUCAGCUCGGACCCGGGCGCUUCCAGAUGACUCAGGAGAUGGUGUGUGACGAGUGUCCCAAUGUCAAGCUGGUGAAUGAAGAGAGGACGCUGGAGGUAGAAAUUGAACAGGGCGUGAGAGAUGAAAUGGAGUACCCCUUCAUUGGAGAAGGGGAACCUCACAUCGACGGGGAACCUGGAGAUCUACGUUUCCGCAUCAAAGUGCUGAAACACCCAGUGUUUGAGCGCAGAGGAGACGACCUGUACACCAACGUCACCAUCUCAUUGGUGGAGGCUCUGAUCGGCUUCGAGAUGGACAUCUCACAUCUGGACGGACACAAGGUCCAUAUAGUGAGAGAUAAGAUCACAAAGCCUGGAGCUCGGAUGUGGAAGAAAGGAGAAGGUCUGCCAAACUUUGACAACAUCAACAUCCGAGGGUCCCUCAUCAUCUCCUUCGACGUGGAGUUCCCUCAGACGCAGCUCGACGAUCAGCAGAAAGACGGUAUCCGGGGUCUUCUGAAGCAGGGCUCUGUACAGAAGGUUUAUAACGGACUACAAGGAUACUAACACACACAACCUGGACUGAGAUAUCUGACACACACACACACACACACACACCCUCUCUCUAUCAUGAGGACUGUGCUCCAUAGUUCUGACCAGGGUGUAUUUAUUAUUUCAGAUUGUUCUCAGGGUGGCUUGAACCCAACUGGUUUUUAAUGUUCUACAUUUUGGCAGCAGUGGCACACUUGCAGAUGUUUUAUUUGAACUGUAUCAAACGGAGAAGAUGCCAUGUCUUUGCACAUCUGUGUCCCCACGUUAUAUAGUAAUAAGGCCUUUUUUUUUGUUCAUUUUAAAAAGCCGAUUCACAUAUUUCUAUCCGAGAGAAGUUAAACAAACACUGUUUAUGGGUCGACCGCUGAGUACGGCCGACAUCUGCUGAAGGACGAGCUGCUGACAAACAUCUGGAGAAGAAGAGAAACAACAACCUGUGAAACACCAGCAGAUGUUCUGCUAUUUUUUAUUAGUUUUAUGAAUGUAACAGCUCCAUCUGUUCACUGACUUUGCUCUGGUCAGAUUCCUGUUCAAUAACACUUUGUAAAUAAGGAAGAAAAAAAAGCUCAUUUGUUGUGUUUUCCUAAUUUAUGUCGCCUCUUCUGUUUACUCAUUGCAACUGUCUGCAUUGCAAACCCCCACAUGUACUGUUCAAAGAGUUGACCUCUUUCAUAAAACAGUGCAUUUUUAAUAUGUUGGAGGAAAUGAGGGUAGUUUGCAUAUCCUCCAGUGCCACUAUAGGAACAUGUUGUUUUUCAAAUUGACCUCAGACCAGGAAGCAUCCAAUUUGGUGACAUUUAGGAAUUCACUUCUCUCUGUUUUUACUGUCGACUGCAGCGCUGCCUCCCGAUGUUAUGAGUGUCAAGGCCUUAUGGGGAUGAUGUACUUUUGACUUAUGAUAUAAAUAAAGAUUUCUACACGUUCU